UAUCACUUGCAAGCAACCACAUACCUUACCUUCAGCCGUUUUCGCUGAGGAAUUCACUUCCUAGGUUUCACGAGGGGGAAGCCAAGGCAAUCGAGAAACAGGCAAUGGACAUCUGACGGGUGCUAGACGAAACAGCUCGACUCGUAACGAAUCGAAAGACCGUCGAUUUCAUCCGAGAUAGAAACACGACGAGGGCGAAAAUCUCUGUUUAGUGUGGGGGAGCGUGGACCGUGCGAGCCCGCUGGCGCCUGGGAAAAGCAGUGAAUAAUGGGGAAUGGCCUAUCCGUAGGGCAUACACGGGAGCACAGGUGGCAGAUGGGUUCGCAGCUGCUUCAGCUGCAGGUUUCAGCUGCCGCGGCGCCGCUGCUGCUUUCGCUACUGCCGCUGAGCCUAGCUGGAAGUCCGUCAAGAAGAGAGCUUGGCGAGGGCGGUGCAGAGAAGGACGAGCUCAUCGUCGCGGUGAUAGGCGGGGUACUGCUGCUCCUCACUCUCGUCGUUCUCGUCGCCAUCUUCCUAUGGAAGCCGUCGGGCAAAGGAGGGAAGUCCGGGAAGGCGGGCAUGUGGGUGAAGGGCGUCGACACCCCCAAGGGCUCGGCGGUGAUUCGGCUGGGCUCGCAAAAAUACAACAUGAGCUCGACCGAAGACGUCGCCGUGCCGUCGCUGCCCCUCAACGACCUCCAAGUGGCGACGAACGGCUUUAGCGAAGAGAGCGCGGUUGGCGACGUUGGUUACAGCACGGUGUACCGUGGCGAAGGGCCCAACGGCGAGGCGUGGGCUGUGAAGCGCGCAAAGCGGGUGUCUCUCGAAGGCUCGCACCUGUUCCGGAACGAGGUUGACUUCCUAUCGCAAGUGAAUCACGAGAACAUCGUGACGCUCCUCGCCUCGUGCGACGAGAACAACGAGCAAAUCCUCGUCUUCGAAUUCCUCCCAAACGGCCCACUCUCCACUUGGCUGCGCCCUCCCCCAGGCGACGCGCGUCCCCCCCUGGCGUUCGAGCAGCGGCUGGACAUUGCGCUGGGUGUGGCGGAGGCUCUGCGAUACUUGCACUCGUUCACCAAACCCACCAUCAUCCACCGGGACGUUAAGUCGGACACCAUCCUGCUCGACCAGAACUUCAAGGUGAAGGUGGGCGGGCUCGGACUCCUGAAGCAUCUCCCCGGGGAGGCCAUGCGACUGCGCAUGGCGCGCAAGAAGGGCUACCUCGACCCCGAGUACUUCCAGACGUUUAAAGUCACCACUAAGUGCGACGUUUACAGCUUUGGCGUGGUCAUGCUGGAAAUGCUUACCGGCCAGCCGCCCAUUGUUCAGAACCCCUCGCGCCUGCCACCCUCGCCGCCCACUCCCGCUACUCCGAGCUCGCCUGGCGCUGCCCCGGAGCCCCCCUGCCCUGCUCCCCCUAUGACCUUGCCUCAGUGGGCCCUGCCGCUGAUCCACGAGGGCAAGCUAGACGAGCUCGUAGACCCGCGCCUCCCGGCCGACUACCCCCGCGACUCCCUCCUCUCCCUCGCGCGUAUCGCUGCGGCCUGCGUGGCCCCCCUGCGCAAGGACCGCCCCGACAUGCCCAAGGUCACCUUCCUGCUCGCGGAACUCAAGAGGCCAGCUGCUUCCCGGUCGGUGGCGUUUGCAAGGUUCAAUGCUGCUGGGCACAAGGUGGUUCCCACUGGGAUGACGCAAUGAGGAGGAGGGGAGGGGAGGGGAGGGGAGAGGAGAGGAGCAUCGAUACACCUGGCAUCCUUGUUGAAGACCCUUUCCCAUCGGCACCAUACCUAUUCAUACCGCAACUACCUUACCUGCUGCACCUACAAGCGCUGGUCCCCCUGGCUUCGUGCAGGGGACCUCGCCUCCCCGUGCUGCUGUUGUAUGCUAACCACGGAUUAGGCUGACCACGCUGUCACUUCACACCACCUCACACCACUUCACACCACUGCACACUUUUCACACGUCUCACCACUCCACACCACCACCAACUCCACCAUUCCUGCCGGCUGGCAAUCUUGUGCUUGCCUCCGACCACCCCUCUCUCAGUGGCCGCACUAGUCUACUGGUGCACUAGUUCCAUGGUGCGGUAGUCUCUUCCUUCCCCCAGGCCUGUGCUGUGUACUGAUGCUGGCGGGUGCUGUGCAGGCCUGGUGUCUGUUCUAUAUGUCAGCUGCUCUCCCUGUGUCUGUCUCUCUGGGCUGUAUUCUGAUCCUUACUGCCUCUGUACUAGUGUCGGCUGAUGCUUGGUAAAAUCCUGUGUCAAUAAUAAAGACCUUGGUGG